UCUCUCCUCAGACAAAAAGAUCUGUCGGUUAUUAUGGUUAAAAAGAUUCCAGCCUCUCAGAUUCCCAAACAAACUAAAACAUGGAGUACUAAUUUCAGAAAGAUUUUCAACCCGAAAUUACAUACUGAAAGCGAAAGAGAAGAGAAAAAACAAAAGAAAGAUCCUUGCAACAUCUACCGAAUGAAGAGAAAGGCCCUAAUUCCGAUGUUUCUGAGGCCACCAUUUUCAAUCAUGGCCCGGGCCCCGUUUCGCGCCGUCUCUUUCUCCACCAAAGCCACGCUGCCGCCGGACGAGGGGACCGCGGCCGUGGUGGAGGACCCGGUUAGGCCUGGCACGGUGUGGGAGCAAGGGAAGAAAGACGUGGAGGCGGAGCAGAGGCGGAAGGCGGUCACCAGCCCCGGGUUUAGCUUCUCUGCCGCGGGGCACUUGCUCCCUUACCAUCUCGGGGCGGCUCGGUUCCUCAUUGAGAAAGGCUAUAUCAAGGAAACAACACCAUUGGCUGGUUCGUCUGCCGGUUCUAUUGUGUGUGCCGCGAUUGUCUCAGGAGAAAGCAUGGAGGAGGCACUGAAGGCUACCAAGAUAGUGGCUCAAGAUUGCAGGCUUCGAGGGACUGCAUUCCGUGUUGGGGCUCUUCUUAGAGAUUUUCUGGACCGGUUUCUGCCAGACGAUGCUCAUAUCAGGUCGAAUGGAAGAAUUCGCGUGGCUGUGACGGAGAUUCUGUGGAGGCCGAGGGGCGUGCUUGUGGACUACUUUGAUUCGAAAGAAGAUCUCAUCAACGCAGUCUUCACCUCCUCUUUCAUUCCCGGAUAUCUUGCUCCAAGGCCAGCAACGAUGUUCCGUGAUCGUUUAUGUAUAGACGGGGGUUUGACACUGUUCAUGCCACCUACCUCUGCUUCUCAGACGGUGCGCGUUUGUGCGUUUCCUGCUGGUCGUUUGGGGCUGAAGGGAAUCGGGAUUAGCCCCGACUGCAACCCAGAGAACAGGGCUGGUGCGCGAGAGCUUUUGAAUUUGGCAUUCCAGCCGGCUACAGACGACGUUCUAGAUAGGUAUUUCGAGCUUGGUUAUGUGGAUGCAGCUGCGUGGGCCGAGAAGAAUCCAGUCGAUGAAAUAGUUCGACAAGACAAAGAUGAUCGUCCGACGAACAAGUAACUGGAAAAAUUCAGCCAUCUGACACUUGUUUGAGUUAUUUUUCAAUACAAAGAAAGCAAAUUGUGUAAAGAAUAGGGAUAGGGAUGUGUAUCUUAAUUGUUCCUAAAUAUGUAGUACUACUACUUUUUUGAAUCUGUAGAGUUAUUUAAACUACAAAUUGCCAUUCA